UGUAGAUAACAUAAUAUUUGUUUUUAAGCUGAAUUUUGUGAUAUAAUGCAUGUAAUAUUUUUCUGUCGAAUGCCGAGCACUGAACUGGGCAAUUGCUGUUUGACUUAUCACUUUUGAAAGUGCGCUUUCGUGUUAAUCAACGUUAGUUGGAUCGACGGUUUCUAUCAUAGAAAAGAGAUAUUAUAUUCAACGUUACGUAACGUUGUAUAAUAAAAAACUGUAAACUACCUGUAUAAUAUUAUAACCUACCUGUUUUAAGUUUUUUUAUUGAGUUUUUCUAAAAGUUACCGUUGACUAUACCUGUAUAAUUUAAGUAAUAAUCAAACGAACAACAGAAAAAUGUCACGUAAGUAUACCUAUUUCCAAAGAUGUUUUCUAUUACCUAUAAUACAGCUCAGAGACCUCAGUACCUACUUAUAACAAAUUCUAUAUCUAGGUACUACCUACCUAUUUACCAAAUUACUAAUCAUAAUAUUUGUAUUAAUGUUUUAUUAAGUAAUCCAUUAUUAAAAUGAAUGAUCCAUUUUAUUUGCAAAAUUUGUUUGAUGUUUGAGUUAAAAUUCAAUUUAUUAUUCAUUAAUAUUGGUUAUUCCAUACAUUUAUUGAUUUUUUUUUUUACAAAAUACAUAAAAAAUGUUCAAUUUCAAACCUAUAUAUCUAUCUAAAGAUCAUAGACAUCUUUAUAUAUUAUAAAAAAAAAAUAUUUUUUUUUUCCAAAACCAAAAUGUGAUAUUUCAACCAAAAAAUAUAAAGCUCAAUUUAACUAUUAUAUUUAAAAUUAUAUAACAGUUAGGUACUUACCUAAUGACCUUCACACUUAAAGUUAAAUAUUAAAGAAAAUUUUUUUUUAGUAUUCGUCAAUAUGAUUUGAUUAAUUUUUUUACACCAAAUCAAACAGAUAAUUAUAUGACUUGUUGUUUAAUAUUAUUGAUACUUUGAUACUUUGAACCUUGGCGUUCUAUACUGUUUUGUACCUACCGUAAUAAUUUGGUAUUUAGAGUACUUAUACAUUUUAAAUGUAUCUAUUAUUAUUAUCUUGUCGUUUAUUACAUAUAUUAUGUUUAAUUAUGAAGUCAUAAAUAAUUGACAAAGUACUUUGAACUUUAUUAAAUACCUACAUUUAUAACUAUAAUAAAAAUGAUUACCCAUUAAAUAAUUACAAAUAAACUAUGUUAUUUUUGUUUAUCAUCUUAAUGAACAUAAAUAAAAAUGGAAAAAUGUAUGUAAUAUAUAUUUUAUAUGUAGUUAAAAAUGUAAUUAGUUAUUUUAAAAUCUUCCCAAAAUGUGUAUAACUGAUACCUACAUAUUUAAUUUAUUAGAAGUUUCACAUUUGUGUUGCUUUAUAAUUAGAUCAUACAAUUAUUGAUAAUGUUGUAAUAGUUAUAUAAGCUACAAAACAUUGCUAAACAAUUAAUUAUAAUACUAAAUACUGUAUAUAUUAUCAAUAAUACUUAAUAUUUAGUACUUAUUUCCCUUUCUUUGGGUUUAAAAUUUAAAAUAAAAUAAUACAUAUACAUAUUUUAUAAACAAUAUUAUUGAUUUAAUUGUUAUGUGGGUUUUUUUGGCAAAGAUUUUUAUUGUUAAUGUUUAAUGUAUAAUAUUUUAUUAACUUUUGGAUUUUGGUCUUUAAUAAAUUUACAUUGUACUUAUAAUCUAAGGAGUCGGUCAUUUAAAAAAUCUGAAUGUUUAUUUCACAUUCCGUAUUUAGAUCAAUAUUCAGAAUAUAGGUUGUCCAUACAGAUGUCUAUAAUAUCCGUAAUAUAAAAAAAAGGUGUUAUAAAAUUGGGUUUUCAACUGAUAUAUAAGUUAAUCUGAAUAUUGACUUAUGGUUUUCAUAAUCAAAUAUAGGAUUGGAAAUUAGUUUUAUCUGUAACAAAUAUCAGAAUAUUGGUUAUCACAAAAAAAAAGUCAUAUCAACUCAUUAGUAAUUUAAAAUCAAAUUACCAAAAUGAGUGUAAUUAAAUGUUUUAGAACUAAUAAUUUUACCCAGUUUAUUGAAAAUUUUAAAUGUAUUUAUAAAAUGUCUAUUAAUUAUUUGUAUUUACAGAUCCAUUUGAAAACUUUAAGAAAACGCUUACUGUAAACAACAAACAAUAUUUUUACUUCGAUUUAUCUAGUUUUGGUCCUCAAUAUGGUAAUAUUAUGCAUUUAUAAUAAUAAGUUUUGUAUAUUAAUAUAUAUUAUACUUAUCUCAGUUACUUAGUGAAUAAAUCUUUACAUCAAAAGUUGUCUAUUUCAUGAAACGAAACAGCCUUUUUUAUGUUUCACAAUAUGGUUAUUUGAAUUUGAUAUUGUUUAAGUUGGUUUGCAAUAUGAUUGACCACCGUACUGAAAUAAUACAUAUUAUAUGGUACUCAACUAUUGUUGUAGUAUUAUAUUUUUAUUUAUAAGGUAUGCCUGAUAAUAUUUAAAACAUUUUCUUAGCAAUUAUUUAAAAAUGGCAUAUUAAAAAAAAAAAUAUUACAGAUUAAAAUAUAAAAAUAGAUUUUAUUUUACUUUUUAUUCUUUUAAUAAUACAAUUUUAGUUUUGAAUAAAACUUACUUUUCACUUCAAAAUUUGCAACAUUAACACAUCAAACUACAUGCUAAAGUGGAAUGUGUAUGAUCAAAAUAGCAAUUUUACAAGUACACUAUUGAAUAUUAAAAUAUAAUAAAAUUACAACACACUUCAAAAAGUCUAUUACAUAUCAGAAUAGACUAAAUAUUAUUUAAUACCUGACCUUAUUUGUGAUAAUUGGGGUUAUAAAAAUAAAAACAAAUUGCUAUAUGAAAAAUACUUAAUAUAGUUUACUCCUUUUUUCUCUUUUUACCUAUUUUUUUUUUCUUAUUAAUACACAAAAAAAUAAUAAUGUAUCAUGGCAAUUUUAUGAGAAUAGUAGAUCCAACCUAACCCGUGGUGAACGUUUUUAAAUAAAACUCCUUACCUUCACUGUCAAAACCAUGCUAAAAUUAAAUACAACCUUGAAAUCUCAGAUAACUUGUACAAAGCAUCGAACCCACAAGAGGACCACCCUAUGAAGAUUCUCUCUUUUCUAAAAAAAUUUAACAUGUAAAACUCAAUUUAAACAUUAUUGUACCUUAACUCAUAUAACUUAAUUUAUCUUUAAUUUUAUAGUUAAUGUUUUUAGUAGUUAAAGCUGUAGCAGGAAAAAAUAUAAUAAUAGUUUAGUGCGUUAAUUUGAAUAUAUAAUGUGGUCGACCACAUUGCCAAAACAAUUUUAUUAAAUUUGUGUGACCAUAUUGUGAAAUAUUUUUGUAUUUCACAGAGUUUGAAAAAAGGCAUUCCCUUUUCAUGGAAACGUUAAUUUUACUAAUUGGUCACAAGUUGCGACAUUAUAUUUAUCAUUUAUUCUAUUAUAACAUUUUAUGGUCUAAAUAUACCAAAUGCAAUAAAAUUUUGUUUUAUACUUUAUAGAACUACUGCCUUUUUCUAUGAAGGUACUUUUUGAGUCUGCUGUUAGAAAUUGUGAUAACUUCCAAGUCACUGAAUAUGAUGUGCAAAAUAUAUUAAAAUGGACAAAAAAUCAAGGCAUUGAUAAAGGUGUUGAAGUAGCAUUUAAACCUGCUAGAGUUAUUUUACAAGUAAAUUAUUAUUAAAUACAUCAAAUUUCAAUUUAAUUAAAAUUGUGUGGAUUGUAAUGUAUUAGGAUUUUACUGGUGUACCAGCUGUGGUAGACUUUGCUGCUAUGAGAGAUGCUGUUAAGAAUUUAGGAGGUGAUCCAAACAAAAUUAAUCCCGUUUGUCCUUCCGAUUUAGUCAUUGAUCAUUCAAUUCAAGCAGAUUUUGUCAGAGAGUAAUAAAAACAAUAUUUGUUUAAAAUUUAAAUUAAAUAAUAUUUUGAAAUUAUUUUAGAGCUGAUGCACAAGAGAAAAAUGAAAAUCUUGAAUUUGAACGAAAUAAAGAAAGAUUUACAUUUUUGAAAGUAAUUUAUUAAUUUAAUUGAAUUUAUAUUUUGUUCAUUGCUUAAUGAAUCAAAUUUAAUUUUUGUUUAGUGGGGAGCUAAAGCCUUUAAGAAUAUGUUAAUUGUGCCACCCGGUUCCGGUAUUGUCCAUCAAGUAAAUUUAGAAUAUUUAGCUCGUGUCGUUUUUACUGAUGGAGAUACAUUGUAUCCAGAUUCUUUAGUGGGCACAGAUUCACACACAACAAUGAUAAAUGGUUUAGGCGUUUUAGGAUGGGGUGUUGGAGGUAAAUAUAUUGAAAAUUAUUACUGAUUUAGUGUAAUAAAAUCUAAGUAUUUGUUUUCCAAUUUUUUAUUUAGGUAUAGAAGCUGAAGCUGUUAUGUUAGGGCAAGGAAUAUCAAUGUUACUUCCUAAAGUUCUUGGUUACAAGUUAACAGGUACUCUUGGUCAGUAUGCAACAUCUACUGAUUUAGUUUUAACAAUUACUAAGGUAAACGUUUUAUUUUUCGAAAUCAUUAUGCUUAUUGUGUAAACUUUAUUUUAUUUUCAAUUUUGUUUUAGCAUUUAAGGCAAAUUGGUGUUGUUGGAAAGUUUGUUGAAUUUUUUGGACCUGGAGUUACGCAGUUAUCAAUUGCUGAUCGAGCAACUAUUAGUAAUAUGUGUCCAGAAUAUGGUGCGACAGUAGGUUACUUUCCAGUAGACCAAAAUACACUGUCUUAUCUUCAACAAACAAGUACGUAAAAUAUAAUUUUUGUAACCGAAUAUACAAUUAUUAAAAUAAUGCAUCUAGGAAAAUUCUAAAUUUAUAUAAAUAAUUUAAAUAAAGGUUUAGAUAUAUUUAUUAAUACUAUUAAAUAAACAAAAUUGUUCCAUUUAAAUAAAAGUAUCUGCUAGACCUAUAAGCAUUAAAUAUAGAUUAAAUUUUAACAUGAUGUGUGCAAAAAUAUCUGUUCGAAAUAGAUGACCUUACGAUAUUAUUACUAAUUAUCUUCGUAUAUUGUUGAAUAUAAGCCUAAAUAUCUGAUUUAUGUCCAAAAAUGUUGGCGAUUCUAAUUUAGGUUUCAUUUUGUACGUAAACAGUUUGUUUUCAAUUGGUUCUUACAAUCUACACUUAAUUAAUGUUUUUUUUAUAAUAUUAUGAUUACUAGAUAUUAAAUAUAAACACUUGAUAAAAAUGAAUAGUUCCAUAUUCAAUUUUAAUUUUUUUUUUUUUUUUUUACCAGACAGAAGUAGUGACAAAAUAGCUGUUAUUAAAGCUUAUUUAGUAGCUUCUAAAAUGUUAAGAAAUUUUGAUGAUCCAUCUCAAGAUCCAUUGUUUAGUGAAAUCGCUAAUUUAGAUUUGGCUGAUGUUGUGCCAUCUAUUAGUGGGCCAAAAAGACCACAUGAUCGUAUAUCUGUAUCUGAAGCUAAACGAGAUUUUCAAACUUGUCUCACAAAUAAGGUAAGUGAAUUCUGUUAUGAUAGUUAAUACAAUUAAAAGAAUGGGUAAAUAAGUUUAAUGGUGUAUUACGUUUAAUCACCAAUUAAACAAAGAUGACCUUAUUUAAUAACUUAUUAAAUAACUUUUAUAUUAGUUAACAAUUAUUAUAAGUUAGAGUAGAAACGAUGACUAAUUUUGUGAGACUUAUUCAAAAUGUAUCCUUAUAUUGAUUUCCAACUACCAUAGAAUUUUAUUUGGUGGUUUAUAUAAUUGUACACAAUAUUACAAUUACAUAAUAUCUUGUUUUAAGUGGUAUUGAUCAAAAUUAUCUUAUCGAUCAAUAAUAAUAACUAAAUUAAGAAAUUGAAUGGUCAUUGUCGCAAAUACAAAUUGUAUUUAUACAUUUAUAUUUACUUUUGACAGGAAUGAACUAUAUUAAAUGUGUGCAUACCAUAUAAUUAAAGAACUGUUGUUAAAAUCCUAAUGUAUUUAUAAUAAUAAUCAAGGUACAAACCUUCAUUUGUAAAGUGAUGAAUAUUUAAUGGCAAUCAAUUGGACUUUUUGAAAUGAUAACAUUUAAGUACUAAUUUUAUAUUGUUUUUAAUAUAAUUUUUAUUGAUAUAUGAUACACAGUAGACAAAGGGAAUAUUAUUGUAUUUUUAACUAUUCAUUUUAAUUUUCCACAGGUAAUUUUUCUUCAUAAAAAUAUUUGCCAAAAAUAAAAAUAGCUUUCUCCCAUGUAAUUAUACAAUGCUGACUUAAUAGUUUAAAGUUUUCAUUAUAUUUUUAUUUUUAUUUUAUUUAUUAAGUAUAAAAGAACCUUUAAAGUUCCAGGACAUUCACAUUUAUUCAUCUACAUAUUGAAUAUACAUACAUAUAUUCAGUGGAUUUUAAUAUACUGUAUACAGUUAUGUAUUAUUAGUAUAAGCAAAUGUAUAUAUUUAUAUUUCCUUAUAUCAACUGUAAACAAAUGAAAAAUUAAUUUUUUUCGUAGACUUCUUAAUUUUCUUCUUUAAGUAUUUUAAAUUGUUUUCCAUGUAGUAUCUUAAUCAUAGUACAAGACGAAAUAGUACAGUAUAAUAUCUUGAGUUUCAUACCUAUUUAAUUUGUAGCUGUAACUUGUGUGUUAGUAAUUAUUUUUAUUACUAUUUAAUUUUCUGAGAGCUAUAAGGGUUAAACUCAUUGUCGGUAUCGUCAUAUUUUAAAAUAUGAUUGGUAUCAUGUUAGCUAACGCUAACAUUAUAGUUUUUUUUAUUAAAAAUUUUCUAUAUUCAAAAUUAAAAACACAUUUUUUUUUUGUCAAAAUUUGUAUAUAUUAUAUAAAAAAAACUUGUUAUAUGCUCUUAUACACACCAUAUAAUGAAUUGACCUUUAAAACUUAUAUACAAUAAAAAUUACCAUAUACCGAGUAACAAAAAUAUUUUACUUAAAUAUAAUAAUAUAAUAAUUUCAUUUUGAUAAUUUUUGUUUAUUUUUUAAAAAAAAAAACUGAAAUGAAAAGAAAUUAUUAUUUGGUUAGUAUCAUGCAAGUGGGACGUUAACAUAAUCGGCAAUAGAAAAUUUGAAUGCUUAUAAUGCUUAAAAAUACAAGUUUAAAAUUUAACUUUGUUAUUUUAGUAUAAUAUUAUGUAAAUUAGUGAACAUGGAGUUUCAAAACAAUAUUUUUUUAUUUGAACAAGUGGAUAGGUUACUAAAUGGUUAAAUUAAUUUUUUGCGUGGAAUUAACUUUUUAAUACAUUAAAAUGAGUUAAAAAUAAAUACAAAACAAAAGCUCAGUAAUUUUAUUAUCGCAAUAAAAUUGUUUCAAUAUUUAAAACAAGAAUUCUUAUUUAUUUAUUAUAAAAAUCAUAAAGCUAAGUUUAUCUUUUAUAUUGAUUAAUACGAUACAUCUAACCUAAUAAUAUAUAUCUUUUUCCAUAGACAAAACAUGUCAAAAAUUAAGAUACAUGCUUCAUGAAUUGUCACCAGUGAUAGCAUUCAAUCAUAAGUACCAACUAGAAUCAAUUCAUGGUGCCCGCAUCCUAAAAUUGAUUGAAUAGAUACAAUGAAUUAAAUUAAUUGAGUCUCUAAAAAAUAUGAUUAUUUUCAUCCACUCACCUUUUUCAAACACUGAUAGAACACAUCGUAGAACACUGUUACUUCUUUACUGUUUUCACUAACUAAAAAUUGAACAGCAUCAGAAUUUCAUCUAUAAUUGACUCUGAUAAGUAAUGAUCCAAAUUUAUCUAUUUACUGGGUUAUACUAUUUACUUUACAUUAAUGGCAUAUUGAUCAUUACGUUAUGUGAACCUUGGAUAUUUUCAUUAACUUGUAUGUAUUCGUUUAUGUCAAUAGUCUUAAUGUGUUUGCUCUCUAGGUUUAUAUUUAAAUAAUGAAUUUACAUUUUAUAAAAUGUUUAAAAUUUGAAUUUGUUUAAAUAAUAUUUAGCUGUUAUAGUAGUAAUUUUCUAUACUAACUACUAGAAAUGUUCUGCAAUUACUUGAUUGCCCAGUACUCAAUAUCAUAUUUAAGACUCGACCCUUACUUGCUACUCAUUGUAAUAUAUACAUUUUUACUCAACUCAUAUCCAGUAACUGACAAACACUGAUAAUCUCUACAUAAAUAUAUAUGCAUACCUAUAAUUAAUAUAACAGAAAACAAUUUAAAAUUUUAAAGUGAAAAAAUAUAAAAUUAUUUAUUUUGAUACAUUUUGAAAUUACAACCAAUUUACAAUAACCCGUUUAGUAUAUUAUUAAUAAUUUCUCAAGCAAUAAUUGGAAGUUGAUAAUGUUUAUAGUGCCUUGAUCCCCAUUUUAUAUUUACAUUUCUACCCAGUCAAUACUCAACAUCCGGUUAGUAUGGAAAUUUCUACUUGACCAAUACUCGACACUCAGUUAGUAUUAAACAUUUGUCUAUGCCAGUACUCAAUACCUUGUUUAUAACAAAUUAUUUACCCGGAAUAUCUCUACUAACUACUCUACUACUAAUCUACACUUAAAACAUAUAUAUAUAAUUAUUCAAAUUUUUAAGAAAACUUAUAAAAAAAUAUUUUUUUAUUAAACUAAUAUAUUAUUUACUGAUAUUGAAAAAAUUUUAAUUAUUUUACUAUAUGUUCCUAUAUGUGUAUAAAUAUACCUAUAUAUUUAUAUAUAUAUAAAAAAAAAAAAAUAUUAUUGUUUAUUAUGGCUAUAUUAUAGCCAAUACAGAUCUCAUUAUUAAUUGAAAUUAUUCUGUACUUAAUAAAACAAAAAUUAUAUUUUAAAAUAAUUAUUAAAUUAAUUUAUUGGGCAUGAAGCCUGUAUAUUUUGUAAAAUAAAAUAGUCCUCAAAUUUACCUUACCUAAACCAGAAAAAAUAUCCAAAUACUUGAAAUUUCUUGCUCUAGUCAUAAUUUGUUGAGGUUUAAUAUUGAAAACAGUAUGUUAAAUUAUAAUGGGAUAUUUUUUCAGAACUUUUUGGAUGUUAGACCAAAUUUUUCAGUAUAUUAAAACUACUAUAACCAACUGUGGUAUAGGUGUUUGAAGCUUUUGUAUGUUUUAAAAAUUUAGAUUGUUGGGAAUACCUGUUGUUGGUAGAUACCUAUUUUAAUUAAUUUCACUCAUUUAUUUAUUGGUGUAUAAAAGAACUAUGAAUUGACUACAAUACUUUUUUUAGAUUUUGAGUAUAAUAAGAAACUAUUUUACAGAUGUUUUUUUUCUUGGAAAAUAGUAAGUUUAAAAAGUUUAUUUAACACAUUGACAAUUAAAAAAAACUAUUCCAAAAAUAUUAUUUUUAGUUCUUUAGAUCCUUUUUUUCGUAGAUUUCUAUGUUAUGACAUAGUACAAACACUAUUAUUACUACUCCGCUCAUAAUAGUUAAUUAGUUUAUAAUGAUUUAUCAUUGCAUACAGUAUAUAAACCAAAUUAUGCUAUAUAUCUUACUUAACCAAUUACUCACCUAAAAGUGUUCUACCGCUAGAAAUAUUUUUCAAUGAAAACGGAAAAAACUUUAAUUACUUAGAAAAAAUAAAUUUGAUGAUUUUACCACAAUAUAUUUAUUUGUGUUGUCGUAUUAUACGCAAAUUCCUAGUCAGGAGAUGAAACAAUGGGUUUAAUAUACUUAAAAGAAUACUUAUGUUCCAUUUAACAUAUACCUAGUUGUAAUAUAAUUUUUUGAAUUUCUACAAGAUUAAAAUUACUUUAGUUUAUUGUAAUAAUAUAUUAAAAAUGAGUUUGUGGCAUUUUAGGUGGUGAUAAAAAUGCAUGUAUUAUUUUUUAUUGCAGAUUUUAUCUUGAUAUUUUCGUUUUCAACAUUUAUAUAUGAACAAAAUAUGAGUUUUUUUUUUUUGAGAUUUAUACUUGGUUACGAAAGAAGAAUAACACAAUUAGUAUGAUUUGAAUUCAUUUAUUUCAUAAGCAAACAUUUUAAAUGCACAAACUGGUGCAACCGAAUUGCGUUUUAAAAAAAAGAACUAUAUCAUCAAUUGAUAACUAAGUUGCGAACGUGUAUUAGUCGAGUUGCAUGCGCUUAAUACAGACUAUUCGGUUUUCUCCGAUAGCUAGUAUAUUCGAUACAGUAAUGGGUUUUUUUUUUCCGAGAAAUGAGCCUAGAUUAGCGAAUGAUGAUUAGAUAAGUACCUAUAUUAUUAUAUACAAUAAUAUAAUUUUUGACAAUUUAUUGGUUAUUAAUAUCUAAAAUUCAAUAACGAUUUUUAAUACCUUUGACCAAAACUAAAUGGGGAUGUACUUACCUACUUCAAAGAAAAACAAACAAAUUAUACAUCAUAUCAAAGGAUUUAAAUUUCAAUGAAUUUUCAAAUAAUUAUAUUAAAAUAUUAUGUGCAUGUACAAAAAAGUCCACUAAACGCGCAUGCAAUUCGAUCUAAAUAUAAUUUUCCCACGCAUUCGGAAACACAGACAUAAACAUAAUAUUACAGCUAAAAUAUUUGAUUUAUUAAUAUUUUAUAUUCAGAGUUGAUAGUCAAUAAUCUGUAGUUAAUAUUGACUGGAAUAAUUCUUGAUACUAUAAAGAAAAAAAUUCUUAUACAAAAUUCAUAGAAUAACAAUUAAUAGAUAAUAACAUUGCUAACGAAAAGCAAUUCUGAGCGGAGUUCAUAGGUAAUGAGUAAACAUAAUUUAAAAGAAUGUAAUAAUCAUCAAAAUAUUGGCGACUCACAAAUAAAUUAAAAUUAAUACUUAGCUCCACUAAGAAUCUAUGAAACAAAAUUCUCUAAAUAAUAAAAGCAAUUAUUUUUGUAAAUUUUCUCGUUCAUUGGUUUUUUGACUUUACUCUAUUAAUAUACGACAAAUCAAAACAACGACUUCUUAUUCACCAACUAGAUUAAAAUUUUUUCUUUUGGUUUUUCUAUUGGAGCAAUAGUUCUGGCAGAAAGCGCAAGCAGUAAAAAAUUUGAAACAGAAAAUCAAAAAACAACUUUCUUUGUUAGCGACUAGAUCCAAAAUUCGACAAGAAAAGAUCAUUACUAGUCAUUUUUUGAUUGAAGCAAGAUUUUUCGUAGAAAUAGUUACAAAAAUGUAAAAUCAUGAAAUCGUUACGCAGCGCCAUUUAUAGGCUCGUUUACCCUACGUUUUUCUUCCAAUAAACAUUAUGAAAACAGCUUGAAAAAUACAAUAUAUCUUUAUACAUAUGGUUUAUAAAUAUAUAUAAAAUAAACAUAAUUUUAAAACCAUUCAUUACAUUCCUCGCUCCACUCAGAAUCUAAACAAGAUUUUAAUAUAAUAGGUAUUUAAAUAUUUAUCUACAUGUCUUUAGAUUGAAUUGUGUAACCUUCACAUGUGCCACGAAUAAAGUUAAAAAAAAAAAAUAAUAAUAAUAGGCUUGUCGAUAACUACAGUUCGGCAAUGAUAGAGUUCCAUUGUCCUAAAAAAAUCUUAUCUCAUUAAUAACAUAUUUUUUUUUCAAUACAUAUAACAAAAUAAUUACAAUAUUAGAGUUUGUACACAUUAUUGAUAAGAUUUUUUUUUUACAAUCCAUUUUACACGUGCACGCGCGUUUUCGUCAGUCGUUUACAAUAAAUAACGCGGCAAUUUUUAAAAUUAUUACAAGGGUAGUACAGUUGUUGAAAAACUAAACAUUUACGUAAUAAUAAAACGUUGACAUUAACCAAGUACUAUUAACACACAAAUAAAACCGAAGAUUGCUUUUGUAUCAUCUGUAGAGUACCUAUAUCCUACGGGACGUUUCAAUCGUUACUCCCGUAGUGAUUUAGUUACCUAAAAAUGGAUCCAAAAUAAAUAAUAAAUUAACCGCAACACACGGGAGAUAUUGGAUAAUUAAUACGUAUUGUAAACAAGUUUAAUAUUGUAAAACGCCCUUUAUCGUUGAUGUCGAUGGAACCGAGGUUUUACACCGCUGCGCGAGUCCUCCGGAAUUUGUGUGUGCAGUGGCAUCCAAGUUCCUUCGCGGGCGUACACGAUUUUUCGUUUGAAAUUUACACGGAAAAAUCGUCUACGCCAACUUGGAAAACGUGACGCACGCGUGUCCGGUACGCUGAAAACCGGACGCGCGAUUUCCCGUCAACGAAGCUUUAAGUGUUUAUCAACAUCAAAACCUAAAGCUCUGAUGGCUGAGAAAACGAACGCCGGACGUAUACAUUAUUUAAUUUACAUCGAACGGCACGUUAAAAUAUAAUGACAAUAAUAAUUACUAUGAUAAUAUAACAAACAAAAAUUUACCUACGUUAAAUAAUUAUAAUAUAAUAAUAUCCAUCGUCGUAUGUGCGGUAGGGCCGAAGUCUCUCGAACCCGAUCGGUUUGUAGUAUAAAUUCUAGUCACACGGCCGAAGAUUAUUAUAACACACGGUGUAUCUAGAAAAUUAUACUAACAACCGAUCGGUCGAACGUGAAUUCCGGAACGUACAAUUUUGAUGUCCGGGGAACGUAUCAAAUAUUCUUGUGGCGAACGAGCGAACCGGCCGAUUAACGAACGCGAAAUGCGGUGACCCGAGCGUGAACCGAUGCUCUCCGACGGGCGACAAAGUGCGUCAGGUGAAAAGACAGGGUGGUGUGCGGAUAUCGCCGUCGGUACACGCCAUUGGUCAACGGUCCGGUAUAAGCUCCUCCUAAAAUCACGCGCGCUCUGCGGCCGCCGAUAAUCGUGCGCGCUUUCCUUCUCCUUCCCAGCGAUAUUUUCAAAUAAUACAUGUAGCGACACGAUACGCAGAACUCGAAACUCUUGAAGUCCUUUUAACGUAUUUUUUUGGCUAUCGUGUUUUAGGUUUUGAGCGUGACGAGGGAUCUAUUGGUUUUAUUAUUAUGUGUUUUUUUUUUUAUAAUGUGCGAGCAACUUUUCGAUCAGAAUACUUAUUACAAUCGAAAAAUGACAAGAGAUCGUUUUUGUUGAGUUUCGGAUCUGGCUGACGAGGAAGUAAGACAUUUUUUUGAUUGUUCUACAGUAAUUGGGUAAAACGUGAGGAGACGCAAAAUGAAAACUGUCAAAUUUACGUCGUUAAGAUUAUUUAACGUUUAUUUCGUUGUUUUAAAUUUUAGGUUCUGAGCGGAGCUCGCUCGAACGUAUUUGGUUUUAUAAUGAUGUUUAUUUUUUUCUACUGAUUUUUAUUUUUCUAUGAACGACUUUUCUACCAGAAAUUUUGCUCCGAUUUUCAAAUGUAAUAACUUUUCUGAAAGGAAAUUUUUGUGGAGUGGUACUUUAGGGUGAUCAUUUUUCCUAAGAGUUAAUAAAUUCAUAAUAAAUCGAAAACAGAUAUGGAAAAACGGUAAAAUUACGAAAUGAAAUAUUUGAGUAAAUAUUUCUGCCUUUUAAAACAUGUAUAAGUUAUAAUCGAACUCCGUCCAGAAUCGUUUUUCAUGAGCAAUGAUUAAUGUGUACCGAUGUACAUUAAAUUUCUACUUUACCUUACUAACUUCUCACCAAGUAGCCCAACCAUCAUGCGAAUUAUGUUAGUUUGAUUACACUUUAUGUUUUCUACUAGAAAUAUUGCUCCAAUAAAAAAACCUACUAGACAUUUUUUUUUCGUUGCAUUUUUAAUCAAAUUGGUGAGUUAAAAAAUCGGUUUUUAAUUUUCCUUAUAUAUUUUUUUUUUAUUGUUUUAAUUCAGUUAAAAAUAUUCAUAAGACAGAAAACUUGCAAAUUGCCUUUUCUAGGCAUAGUAAAAUUUUAAAAAACAUUUGACACAUUCUAAAUUUGUUAAUUUUGUUUUACGUGAUUUGUAAUUAGUAGUUACUCUGUGCAUAAAAUCAUAACAAGAGGUUCAUAAUGUCGUAUUAGUGGUUAACAAAACAAAAAAAAAGUAGAGUGUAAAGAUAUUUAGUAUCAUAUUACGACGAAAAUCGUACAUUUUACGGCCUUUUAGAUCAUGUAUAAUCGAAUUUCGCCCCGAAACUUUUCGUUAGCCAUGGUUUAUCGUCGUUUACAGACAUACAUUAAAUAAUUUUUUGUAUCAUACCUAACCAACUUCCUACCAACAACAUGGUGGCACACCAGUGACCCAUUCCCAGUGUUCGCUCUUUUUUAAAAUCAUUUCUGAAGCGGAUAUCGACGGACUCUUGAAGGUGUAUUUACAUUUCGAUCUAUAUUUUAUAUAAUAUGCACAUGACGCAUUAUAUUGUGUGGUUAUGCAGUUCAAACGUUAAACAAAGUAUAAAUGCAAGAAGCUUUAAACAUAACGACAAGUGGUGUAUUAUUAUAAUCAUUUUUUAAUUUAAAAUAAAUGUAUUAAGUGAAACAAAUUAAAAAAUUAUAAAUUAAAUAUGUAGACACACUAUCGUUGCUAGUAAAUUUAAGGAGCUGAUCAAAUUAGUAUAAUACAUUUUCGUCACUACUUGUAUCACACGAUACACAAAAACAUAAUUUUCGAUACCUCGUAACUAUAAUCGAAUCACCGAACUCGUAAACAUGUAUCUAUGAUACUCGUUAUCGUAUUAACGAUUAAAACGUGUUAUUUUCGCCGUAUUGCAAUUAACAAGUCCCUAACUACGUUGUUUAUGACGUAAUUUAUACAAAACUGUGUGAACUUAAAAUAUUUUAUUUUGACCAAAUGCUAUAAUUUUUUGUUGCUCAUAUAAUGUUCUUACCGUUGAGUUUAAGAACCGGUUGCUUUUCGAUUAUUUUAAGACUUAGUGGUGUUAUACUAAUUUGUAAAAAUUAGGUGGGUACUGUGUAGAAGAUUAUACGUUAUUGCUUCUGGGUUUUUUUUGCAUUCCUUUCGCCACCGAUUAAAACUAUACCGUUUUUACAAUAUUUUGAGAUGAUUUUAACGUGUCUUUAAAAAAUAAUCUAAUAUAUAAAUCGACUAAGUGAUUAAAUAAAUUAUUAGUAUUAAUCGGCCAACCAAGAAAUUUUAUUAUUAUUUUGUACCAUAGAAAUAAUUUAAGUUGGUAGGUAUAAUAAUGGUAAUAGGUCUUUAAUAGUGUUGAUAAAGAAUUAUUGUUAUAUGUUUUAAUGUUUGUCGGGUUAUAACGUAACACGUUAUUGUUCAAAUUAAAAGCCGGAAAUUCUGAUCGAUUUUCAAUAGUAAUCUUAAUACACGCGCGUGUAUGUCUAGACAAUGAAUUCGUGUUUGAUAUUGCAGCAAAUUUAAUAAUAAUAAUAAUAAAAAAAAAAUGUGCAUAAUGAGUUUCAUUCUUUUAAACAAUAUCGUGUUGUUACUUUGUGAAUGGCAGUCCCGAAUUCUUGGUUUAUGUUUUUUUUUUUUAGACUCUGAGCGGAGCAAGGACUAUUGGUUUUAUAAUGAUUAUUUUGUUUCUGUAAACAACCUUUCCGUCAAAAAUUGUUCACAGAUUUUUAAGUGUAACACUUUCUGAAAGGAAAUCUGACUAGGGUGGUGCCUUUGAUUUCUCCAAGAAUUUUCAUAAUGAAUGGGAAAAACGUAGGAAAAUGUACGAAAUGUAUCAUUUCCAAAUCGUAAAUAUUACGGGCUUUACAAUACAUUUUUAACUGAUUUCUCAGAAUCGUUUUUUCGUUAGCAAAGAUUAAUCGUAGCAUACAGAUAUACAUAGAAUUUCCUCCUCUGCCUUCACAACUACUUAUCUACAAUAACAGUGGCUCAUCCAUCGUGCGAAGUAUAUCCGUUUGUUUUUUACCAUCACAUUAUCGUCGAUUACAAAGAAGAAACGUUUGAGCGAAUUUUUGUAUAGUUUUCGAUUUAAGUAAAUUGGAUAUUUUUUAAACGACCUAAUCUAUAAAAAUUAUACGACUUAGGUGCCUGUAUUGCCUAACAAAAAGUACAUCAUAACGACUUAAGAAAUUAAAAACAAACGAACAUAUUUCGCACCACGAGUGGGCCUAGUUAUAGGUGAGAAGUUGGGAAAAUUGAAUGUAAAAACUAAUCUUUACUAACGAAAACGAUUCUGAGUGGAGUUCAAAUAUUUUGAAAUGCCGUAAUAUUUACGAUUUUGAAAAUAAUUGCAUUUCGUAAAUUUCCCCGUUCAUUAUGAAAAUUAUUCCAUUCAUAUACGUUUUCAAUAUCGUUUAAUCAAUCUAAAAUAAUAACCAUACAAUUCGAUAUUAGGUCGGUAAAUUUUGAAAAAAAAUUGUGUGCGAAUUUUGAAAUUAUUCGAUUUAUACAACAGAGUUGGGUGUAGGUGGUAAUCGUUAAAUUAAUAUCCUCCACAUACCUAUUUGUAAUGUUUUAGGUUCACCAUUAAAAAAAAAAAAAACAAAUAGUUAAAACAUUACCCCAUUACGGCGAAUUUACCGGUGUUUUUAACUGGCUGAGUUAAAGUAAAAUAACAAUAAUUAUUUAUUACUUGAGCUAAAAGCGCACGCUAAUUGAACGGAUUUUCUCAAAUCAUUAAAAUGAUAGUUCUGUUUACAAUAUUAAACGCGUUUCAUUUUCAACGUACCUACCGAUUGAAACGGUUUGAAUAUUAUUUUGUCUACUGGAAACCGACGUCCCCGGACUUUUCGUGUUAACACCCAGAUUCUCAAAGCAAAAGAAAUACAAAUAAUCGACAAAAACAUAAUAUAAUAUUCCUUAAAAUAUUGUAUGGUAUACAAACUAGCGUAACAUUACACUAGUUUUUAAUUUUUGAUACAAUAAUAAUUAUUGUCAAUACAAAUCUAAAUUCGUAAACGUUUAAAGGCCAUAUAAUAGAUACUCUUAUAACUGAAAGUAUAAAUAGUCCGGUUUUCCGGAUAACAACAUCUUUUCUGGGAAAACAACGAGUGUAUUAAUAAUCGUAUACAAUACCGACGAAUAAAAUAUAACAACGUAAUCGGAAUUCCAUAGAUAGCGGGUACGUAAUUGAUUUUUAAAAUUAAAUAUUUAUGCUUUCCUGUUAAGUGUCAUUUGGAAAUAUUUAAUCAAACCGUCUUAUUCCUGCCGUGGCUAAAUUUAGCGAAAAGUUCCCGAUAAGACUACCAAUACGAAUAGAUCCACCCGUCAGAAAACCGUGCCGUUCGAUAAUAUAAAUAUUAUAUUUAAAACUAAUUUUUGAUACGUGAUGAAUUCGUAUAAUACGGUUUUAUUGUAACGUCUUAUAGGCCGUUUGAAAAACAAUACAUAAUACGAUUUGAUUUUCCCGUCUGGGAAAGUUAUUGUCAAUGGUUACAACUAUUUUGCGAUAAAAAAGAAAAAAGUAUUUUAUAUUGUAUUUGGAAAAAAAAACCAACCAUACGCUAUCUUCGUGUUUGUUUAUGUAAUUCCGUAGGUAAUAAAAACGUUUUUAGACUUUUUACGGGUUUUUACACACUAAAAACGUUCCGAUUACCAAAAGGAAUCCGUUCAUAAAUCGGCACAAAUUUCGUUUUAUUUUUUUAUUUUUUUGAUUUUUCUCUUUUAUUCUGUAUUACGAGUAUAUUAAAAUCGGAGGAUAAUAUUCUAUAAACAAAAAAAAAAAAACAUGACCGAAGUAUUUGCUCGAUUACGCGGGGUAACGGCAUUCGUCUGUGAAUUAUCAAAUGUGAGAAUAUCAAUCACCAAACAAAUCCGUUACCACGCGUAUUCGCCGAGCCGUUUCUUCUGCAUAUUAUAUUAACAUAAUCGUCAUCCGCAUUGGACGAACAAUAAACGAACGACAAUUGUUAUCGGCCGUAGUAACGUUGAAAACGUCGUAAAAACCGAUGAUCCGUCGGCGUACGUUAGCCCGCCCAUCCAGUUUUAAGUGUUAUUUAUCAUUUCGGACUUGAAACCCGGAUGGACCGCGGGUUAACGUAAAGACCGCGUUCGCCGAUAAUUCAUUAACUAAUAAUAAAUAAUAAUAAUAAUAAUAAUAAAUAAACGUUUCGUUACAAUAAAAAAUAAAACAAUAUAUACACGCCAACGCGUGCGUUGUGCGGUCGACAGCGUGCGUAAUAUAUUAUAGUAAAAAAAAUUCGCGCGGAUUCGAGAUAACGUUCGUCAAUCGCGAGACGUACCGUCGCGGAUUACCUAUAUAGAUACACAGUACCGCGAGAGAAAAUAAAAAAAAAAAAAAAAUCGCGGAAAUAAAAAAUAUUACGAUAUUGCGCGUCACGUACUUGCAGAUAGUCGACUCGUGUCGUUACUAUUAUUUAUUGAUGCUGUCGGUGGUGGUGGUGGUGGUGGCGCGGUGGCGGUGUUGUUCGCGCACUUUCCGGACGACGGGUCGUGACGACCGACGGAAGAGACCGGGCCGCCGCGGGGCCAGACCCGACGCUGGUACUGGACGCGCGGCGUGCCGACGACGACGGACGGUAACGGACCGAACCGCCGUGCGUACUGCCGCGGAAUGAUACGCCGGGUCCUCCCUUCGGCGCGCUACGGCGAAGAAACGAUAUUCUCUCCCCGACCCCUCGUUUCGUUCGUGUCCUUGCACGGCGACAAUGUCGCCGGGACGUUGGUGUUUUUUUUUUGCCUAUGGUUAGAAUCGACAAACGCACACCGCACUACCUGCUAAAAACGGCGGGCAGAAAAAAAAAGAAAAAAAGGUUCGGUUUUCUUCUCUCCUGUCCCCGGUCCUUUUGUGCUGCGAUCAUCAUUACCUGCAUAUAAUACGACGCGUUAAUACCGUCGCCGGCAGUAUUUACAGUGUCGACUUUCUAAAAUUUUGUUCGGCCGUUAUUUCGUUGUUUUUUUUUUUUUUUUCCCAUCGACGUACGACACAUGAUAUAUUGUUAUUGUAAAACUGACGGUAUGGUUACCUACCUCUAUAACGGGCGGAUUUCUUUUCGAAGCGGCGAACGCGGUGGAGAUUCGAUCGGUCCAAUAUCUUUUCGGAUAUUCGGAUGUUUUGAACGUCUUAUGCAUAAUAAUAUUAUCGCGGCGAUUCGCGUAUGUUUCGAGAGAAUGCAACGUGCUCACAACUACUUGUUGGUUCCUUUUUUUUUUUUUUUUAUAUGUGCCGAAUACCGUGUUUCGGCCAACGAACCUAAAAAUAAUAUAUUAUGAACAAAAUUUUUAUCCUGUCAACUGCGAAAUAUUCGGCGUACGUUUUCUACUAUAUUUUCACAAUCGAUGUCUCAUCUUACCGACGUUAAUAAUAUUACAUUCGUACGAUUCCGUUUCCGUCGACAACUGGAAUAAUGCAGUAAAAAUCUGAUUACACAUUUUCCAUGAACAGCGCCGUUUCCAAACAAACGUCAAUCGAAAACUGGUGUGGUAAACGCACCAUAUUUCUUAUCUAGUGUAUAAUAUUAUAAUAAAACGAACACGCUAUUUUAAUGACUUUUUCAAUCGUAUAUUAAUCACGUUUAAUUGUUAUUUUUUUAAUUGGCCUGCAAGAAUAUAACAUAAUAAUAUAUAUUAUUAUGAAACGAACUAAUAAUUAUUGUUAUUUUCGUCGACGGUUUAUUGAUUUCAAAUCGAUUACGUGGAGAUUAUAAACUCUGAGAAUACGUAAACGAAAUCUUGAAUUUCGAUUUUUUAAAGAAAAAAUUAAUUUUAUCAUUAUUCCGAAUUCCAGAAAUAAAGAACAACGGAAAACAAGAUCAAGGGGAAAAAGAACAAAAAUUUAAAAUCUUUAAAUUGGUAAUUUACAAUUAUGAUGAUUAUUAACAAGGCAACUGGUUUUGGCUUGAUCAUCAUAAUUAACAUUAACCUCGCUGAAUUCGUAUCAUACGCCAUAUGAGAGUUAAAUUUAAUUCUUAUUUAUUUAUAGGUAUUUAAUGUCUAACAGUUGUUUUUAACUCUCAUUUUAUUCAAUAUUUUAAGAGAAAAUCUAUUUUUAUUAAUAAUAAUAUCCCAGCCAUAUAUUAUUAAAUAAUCUUAACAUAGAAUAAAAUUUACUAAACUUUUAACUGUGAUUGUCAGCAGACUAAAUUUGGUACCUACCGAGCCGAUAAUUAAUUUAAAAAUCACAAAAUUAGGUUAUUUUAUUAUUACAGGUUUCAUUCAAAAUCAGUAAAAAAAAAAAAAAAAUUAUAAAAAAUGUCAUAAAAUUAUCGUUAUAUUAUGUUUGACAAUACACUUUUUGUACAUCUCUUAAAAAUUUUAAAAAAAUAAUUGUAUUUUGCUUAUUAAUAGAUCGGUACCAUAUACAGUUUUUCCAGAAGAAAAAAAUCCUAUAGAAUUUGACUGCUAACAUUUAGAGUUUUAAACACACGCGAUUUAGGAUUAAUGACAAAACACUACACGUAAUGGCAAUAUUUUCGAUAAUGAACAAUAUAUGUAUCUAUUGGUAUAAAUUGGUGAAUUGUAAAUAUAAUAAAAUUAUAAAGAUAAGCAAGCAUAAGUUAUCCGUACCUAUAAUAAUAAUAUAGAUAAUCGUUGUUUGGGCAGGUCACAUACUGAACGAAUACCCUAAAUUUAUGUAUAAUAUGAUAAUAAUAUAGAAACUGAAAACCCUAUUGCAACCUUAUAAAAUACCGUGAUUUAUAUUGGAUAAUUAUAAAUUACAGUCUAAUACAGUGUCACUGAUGAUUAAUAAUCAUAAUUAUUAUAAAUUACUGAUUUUAAAUUUUUGUCUUUUUUUCCUUGAUCUUAUUUUCCGUGGUUCUCUCGUACGAAAUAAUAAUGCAAUCCGCACUCGCACGUCACUCCGUGAAAAUGUGAUAUUUUGACUUACGUGUUUUACGCGGUUUUUGAAGAUUCGAAAAACUUAUACAAAAUUGUAGAUAACAAAUCUAUAUUGUAUGUAUUUAAUCGAUUCGCUUGUUUCCACUAACAAAAUUUAAGAUUAAUUAGAUUUUAGAUUCGGAGCGUAACGAAUUUUUUUUUAUCUGAAAAUAACUUUUUCGCCAGAAAUCUUGCUCCGAUUUUUAUGUGUAGUACCUUUUUUAAUAUGAAAUUUUAUCUGGUUGAUAUUUUAAAGAUUUGAUCUUUUGAUUUUACAAGCGGUUUUCAUAAUAAUUGGGAAAAACGGAAAAAUGUACGUAACAGCAGCCCAUCCAUCGUGAAAAUUUGUCAGUCUUUUAUUUUCUAAUCUAAUUGCAUACAAUACUCAUUAUAAAACGGAUUAGGUUUAUUGUAAAUUUUAAUUUACUACGAUUACGUUCUUUUAGAAAAUUGUACAUUCAGUAUACCUCCAUACGUUCUUCUAAAAUAAGUUAUACUAUUGUAACACUGUAUACUGAUAUUAUUGAAAUUGACAAUUUUUUGCUCGUCUAGUAAUAUAAACUACCUAUAUAAUUGAGAUUUAAAAUACACCUUAACGAAUUCUUCGACCAUUAAUAUUAUUAAUGUUUUAUAAAUUAUUGUUUGACGGUAAUGCUCGUGGCGAUAAUUUAUAAAAUCAUAAUGGAAUGGACAAUAGAAUUCAUAUUAGUGACAAUCUAAAACAAUUUUUUGUAGUAUUUUAAUAUUAAUACUUUUAUAAUUUUAAAGAAAUCAUGGAAACCAAAAAGACAUACCCUUCAAGUGUAUAAUAAUAAUAUAACUAUGCAAUGUAGGUGAACAAAUAUUCAAGGAUACUAUGUAUUAUCAUAUUAUUGACAUUUUAGAAUAUUGCCUGCCCUUAUUUUUAAUAAUAAUUUUAUUUAAAAAGUAGCCAUGCGCAAUAGUAAAUCUGAAAAAAAAAAUUAAUGGAUUCAACGCAAAGUUAUUUUCAUACUUGCAUAACAUAUUAUUGUGUACUUUUUACAAUACACACAGUCACUACCAGUGGCGCCGAUCAUCUAAUUUAUCUACGACAUAAGUCGUAGUAGAUUUUGUAGCUGGAGGGGGGGGGUAUCAAGGGAUUGAAAAAAAAUGGCCUAUGCAUUGAAUUAGUAGGUGGGUACUUUGAUUUGCAAUAAAUUGUUAAAUUGAAAAAAAAAAUGCGGUCACCUUGAUGUACGAAGUCAUAAUUUAAUAUGUUUAACACUACAGCGCCACUGGUCUACUACUUAUGGAUGGAUUAAUGUCUUGUGAAAAUCUCAACCUUUAUUUUUAAAUACCAAUCGUUGUCAAAAUAUGAUGUGAAAUAUACUAUCCUCGUCUGUGUAGUGGCGGACACUGAUUGGUUAGGCCCCAACCUAACCGCCGCCGUCGCCAUUGAAAACCCAGAACAUAAUUCUUUUUACACUCGAAGCAUAGCGAAGGAUCUAUUAGUUUUAUUAUUGUGUUUUUUUCUCUCUGUUUCGAACAGUUUUUCAAUGUGUAGUGUCGCACCUUUCCUGAAAGUUAAUUUUCUCUAGUUGGUGCAUUAGAGAAGUAAUUUUUUGAUUAUUUUUUUUGUGUUUUGCGGGGAACUGGGAGGUUGAGGGUUUUGCGUAUCGAUUCGUAUCUUCGGCAUUCCUCAAAAAUACACCCGAGUGUGAUAUGUGUUUGACACGUGUUACAUAUUGAUGGAGGGUCUUUCCUUACAUUAUUAUUUUCUAUAGAUUGAAUAUAAACCUAUGAUCCUGUCUGUUAUCGAUACAUAGUGUUGUUUGCUUGAAAAAUGAUCACUGUAUUAUUAUUUUCUACUAGUCUGUAUUUUGCCAUAGACAUAAUAGAAUGCACUAUGCACUGCGUUUAGAAAAACAAAUGUAUAGAUGUCCAAUAAAUCCAGUGAGGUAGCAAUAUAUUUGUAGAUAAUUGUAUUAUGAAAGAUAUUGUAUUGUGAAAAAGAUUUAUAUGUUUAAAAUUAUGAUUAUUAUAAAUAAUCAAUAUUGUUUUUAAAUUUUAAAAAGUAAACGGACUAUCAGGAUUUUCAACUUUUCAAGUUAAACUGAACUUGUUUUUAUUCUAGUAAGUCUAUCGUAACAUAUGACAGGAUUUGUGGUAAAUUUUUUUUUUUUAAUAUUGGUUGUGCAAAGUGUUCAAUUGCCAUUAUGAAAAAUGCACAGAAUAAUAAUAGUUUAUUCUUCAUUACUCAAUACAAAGAAUCAGAAGAACACUAACGUAACCACCAAAUGAAAUAAUUACCUAACUUAAAAUAGCAGAAACAGUGUAUAAAUCAUUUCCUUAAUGAAUAUGACUUUCCAACUAUUAAUCAACUUACUAAUUAUUAACAAUUAAAAUAACAUUUAAAAUUUAAAUGACUUAUUCAUUCAUAAUUCAUUUUGUAGAUAGGUAUAACUGUAUAAGGUACAUUAUACCUUGUAUAUAUUAAGUUUGAUAAAGAUGCAAAUUAUGUGAACACUUAUUAUUGUUGUAAAAAAAAUGUAUGCUAUAGUAAAGAAAUGAUAAAAUCUAAACCUAAAUGGUUCUGGACUAAUAAAAUAUUGGAUUCUUAUUCCAUGAUAGCCCACAAUUGACUCUCUCACCCUAUGACAAUAGCAAUUAUUUUUGUUAUCAUAGAGGGAUUAUUAUAAUACUAUAGCAAAUGGUUAGUAUAGCGCAAUCCAUUCUAUUAUGUACUUUUUUUUUCCGGGAACGUUAAUUUUAUAAAAUACUAAUCAACAAUAUUAAUAAUCUUUUGCGACGGAGUUUUAAAUAAUAUCGGUUUAUACAAUACGGGUGGUAUCUAUUCGGAUAUCUAUUACAAUAAUAAUCGUAUUAAUAAAUAUUAAUAAUGCCUACCUAUCGUUCAGAGAAUUUACACAAAUAUAGAAUUUUAUCACAGUCCAUAGGUAGUUAGUUCUUCAUAACAUUAUGACAAUAUUAUUUAUUACCCUAUAAUCUUGGGUAUUCAUUUCAUUCUCUUAUCUUAUCUUAAUUAUUAUGAGUUAUUUGCGCUGAUGUUAAGAAACGUCGCCACGCAUUCUAAACUCUCUUGAUUCUGAUAGUUUUAGUCCGUAUUUAUAUUCUCCCAACAACUAAAAUAUGAGGCUAAUAUUUUCUUAAAAACUUACAAAUUACCUUCUUGCAGUCCUCUUAAGAAUUAGAAAAAUAUGCACAAAUAAUCAUUUUUUAUCUAAUGAUUUAAACGUUAUUUUUCAUGUACCUUAUUAGUUAUUAUUGAAAUUAAUAAUUAUAAUCAUUUAAAAAAUAAUUUGUAUUUUUUCUUUCACAAAAAAAUAUUCCAAAAUAAUAUGUUAAAUAUAUCAAGAUUAUUUGAUAAAAAGAACCGUGUUAGGUACAUAUUGAUAUAGCAAAAACAUACUGAACUAUAUUGAAAAAUAAUUGACCAACUAAAAUAACAAUUUUAAAGGUUAAGCUAUAGAAAUAUAGAAUACCUUUUAUAAAAAUAAACUCUGUUUAUAGAGUACUGUCAUCUUAACAAAAUAUACUAAACGUCAUAUGCUAAACAAUAUUUCCUGUAAACUCUUUGAUGGAUGAAUCGUCCACAUGUUUUACUCUCGUAAGGCAAGGUAUAGUCAGUCACAAUAUUAUGUAAAAACAUAAAAAACAUUCGGACUCUACUCGUAAAAUAACAAAUAUUGUACAUAUUUAAACAAAUUCACUUCUCUUGUCAGUUUUGUGGUUGGUACAACACGAAUGUCGGAAAAAAAGAAUUAGUAAAAAAUAACAAUAAUUUUAAAAUGUUGAAGAUAAUAAUUGAUUUACAUAAAAACAAAAUAAUGAUAUAUUAUAAUUUACAUUAUAACACCAGAACACUGACACUUUAUUGACUUUUGACGGACUAAAUUUAGUUCACUCACAUAAUAGCAUACAAGUAUGGAAAGGUCUUCAUGGGUAAUUUAAUUUCAAUGAAUGGAAGAAGUUAAAGAUAUAAUGCAUUUUGAAGUUUUAACUUUUUGAUAAUUUUUUACAGUUAAAAAACUGAAAUUUUUAAUAAAAAUUAUAUUUUUACAAAUUAUUAUUGUUUAAAUUAAACAUUUUUUUUUAAUUUUCGUAACUAAUUUUUAUAAAUAAUGUAAAUAAGUUUAUAAAGAAUAAUGUAUUUACAAAAUAAAAUAAAUAAAUGAAUCAAUGCGUCGCCUGGAGUAUUAUAAGUGUAUUAUACAGCUGGUUUCGAAUUAAAAAUUCAUCAUCAGGUAUAUCACAGUCAAGAUGUAAAACAUGAUUCUUAUACAAUUAUAACACGUAUAAUAAUAUACUACUUAUUAUAAUACUCCAGGCGACGCAUUAAUUCAUUUAUUUAUUUCAUUUUCAUGUAUAUAUUUUUUAUUUAUUUAUUUAUUUACGAGUAUUAACCAUUUUAAUAAUUUUGUUUUUACUUUAUUAUUUUAUUAUUAAUUAUAUUUAAAAUUGUAUUUUUUAUCUGCGUUCUUUUUUUCGUGUUAUUUUUAUCCUUAGUCUUUUUUACCGAUUACCGUACACCACUACGGUGAUAGUGUUUCUUUCUCCCCCGCCCGCGCACUCGGGACCGUUCGGGUCCGAGCAUAACAUUCUCGCCACAAGACCUACAAUAAAACUAGUAUACUUACUAUUCUUAUAAUGUUUUGUACCUAAACCAAAAAAAAAAAACGGAACAAAACCCAUCACUCGACUCCGGUCGUAAACCCAUAAAUAAUUUGUUUUCGGACAUUUUCUCUUAGCGUCGCAGAUCCUCGUUCCGUCGACCGAGUGGGCGGCUUAAGUAUUUCAUUUACAUUACAUAAAAAAAAAAGCGGGAAAUAUCCUGGCGACUGACCCGAUCAAAAGUAAACAAUACUGCUAUUUAAAAAAGAAAAAUAAUAAUAAACCGAUUGCCUGACACAGCCUGCAGCUCGUCUAUACAUUUUAUUCGCCCGGUCGAUUCGAAUAUAAUGAAACCGUUACCACUGCCUUUAUAUUUAUCCUGUGUACGCAUUAUUUCAAAUAAAACUACACGAAGAAAAAAUAUUAAAAAAAAUUCCACAUCAUACUGUGACGAACAUUAUAAAUCGUUGUUUUCCUUCACUAGGCAGUAAACGGUCGAAAAACAUCUAAAGGUGGUCAGCAUACGAUUUUUUUUUUUUUAAUUUGUCAUAAUACAAUUCAAUGGAAUCGAAUUGUCGUUAUUUUUUUCCUCGUAUCGAAUAGACCGAGAUCCAAACGUAUACCUACGUUGUACAACUACAACAGGUGUUUUAAAAUAUAAAGUAAAUCCAUUCCGGUUUUGCUCACUGUGAAUAUUGAAAAAAAAAACCCAAUCGCAUAUAAGGUCGUACGGAUGAAAUUUCUUAUUGAAAAGUAUACCGAAUUUAAAAUAUAAUUUUCUUGGUAUUUUAAUAUUUUUAUGUUAAAAAUGUAAGUGUUAUAUUCAAUUUGUAUUCCGGACGUUCAAAUUCCCUACAUAGUGUUUUUGAUAAUAAGAUAGCAUUUCCAGGAAAGCACCCCUCCCUCCUGAACACCGAAGUAAAUAGUAUGAGUUUUCCUCGGGUGAUUGUACAAUUUAUUUAAGAUUUUGUACUAUAGUUGUAAUUGGUUAUAAGAAAAAAAAAGUUAAUGUUCAGAUCCUUAUCCGUUAUUAUCACGAAUAGUGUUGGAAAGCGGUGUUUUUCUGUUAUUGUCUUUUACACCUUCAACAUAGAAAUUUAGACGUGUUCUAUUUCCAACGUACCGAUUGAUCUAGUGAAGCGAUAAGAAUUCCGAAAACGGAUUUGAAUUUGUCGCCAUGUACUCAUGUAAACAUGAUUAACAUUUUCCAUUUUUUGAACUACUCCUUUGUUAUAUUGCUUUUUUAGGGUAUAAGGGGAUAAAAUAAAAAAAAAUCGGCAAAGUCGAUUUCGAGUAGAUUUGACGCCACAUUCAAAUAUGUUUUCAGAAUUAUUAUCGGCUUCCUAUUUCCUUAAUAUAAAUUAUUAAAUGUCUUUUUCUUGGAAUUCCUAUUCAUUUCGGAUAUUGAAAAACGUAUUAAAUAUUUUUUCUUUGUCGAUUAAUUGACUUGAUAUUUUGCCUGACCAAUCGCGGAGGUUUUUCAUCCGUAAACAUUUCUUUUUUAAAAUAAUUCCAAUACUUCGUUUCCCAAUCAUUCAAUUUAAAACAGCUAAAUUAUAAUAUUUUUUCUUUUUUUUAAUAAUGAUGUACACUAUUGUACAGUAAAUAUUUUUUUGGUGUUUUAUUAAAACACGGUCAUGUAAAAAUAACGUAAAAUAAGUGAACAUAUUAUAAUAAUUAAUAGUGAUAAGUAGAGCUUAGGACUUAUCGCCUUUAAAAUUUGCAAAAAAAAGGCUUAAAAAAUGUCAAAAAGCACUUAAAAAAAUAUAAGAACAAAUAGUAAAAGGAUUUUAAGGUAUCCUGUUUAGUGAAUUUCACUUAUUAAAUAUAAUUUUUUAAUACGAUAUAAAUGAUAAACAAAACGUUAUUUUGUUUAAAAAAAGUUGUACGUAUUGUAAAAAAAAUAAUUUUGAAUUAAUAAUUUGCGUAGUAUUAGAAAAUUGUAUUUAUUAAGUUAGAGCCAUUAGAGGAGAGAAAUUCAAACCUUUCUGCCGUUUUUGCUUCUUAUAAUAUUUUUCAAGUGUUUCUUUCAGAGGUUUUUUGGCGUUUUUAAGCGCUUUUUUGUAGAUUUUAAGUGCAAUUAUUCUCGAGCUCUAAUGAUAAGUAUCUUCUCAUUUUAAAAUAUUUUGUCUCGAUUAACUUUUUUUUUAACCAAAUACAUUUGAUACAUUGGAUAUUAAAAAUCGUUUUACAUAUUAUCCAAUAAAUUAUAUCUAAAUAAAAUAACAAAAUACCCAAAUCGAUGAUAUCUAUGCUAUAUUGUGUAAUUUUUUAGAUCUUGAAUAUUGUAAUGUUGUCAAUAUGGUAAUCAGUUGUAUAGAAUUCGUUAAAUUUACAAGAAAAAAAAAAGAAUCUAGUCAUUAAGACUUAAACUGCGAUCUAUGUCUAUCGAAAUUUUGAGUUUUAAUUUGUUAAACAUCGUUUUUUCCUUUAUUAUCUAUUGUUCGUUAUUUAUGUAUUGAAAUAAUAAUAAAAAAAACAUAUUUUUUUUCAGAUCGGUUUCAAAGGAUUCAACAUUAGUCCGGACAAAUUGGACGUUAAUGCCGAAUUCGAAUUCAACAAUAAAAAAUACGUAUUGAAGCACGGAUCGGUGGUGAUCGCCGCGAUCACUUCAUGUACGAACACGAGCAAUCCCAGCGUGAUGCUCGGAGCCGGUAAAUUUAUUAUACCAUAUUGUGCACAAUAUUUUACCCUACGAAAACCGUGUUGACAAAUAUUGUUUUUUACUUUCCGUUCCGUUUAGGUCUUUUGGCCAAAAACGCCGUCGACGUCGGUUUGACCGUUGCGCCUUACAUCAAAACCAGCCUGUCGCCCGGUUCGGGGGUGGUCACUUACUACUUGCGAGAGAGCGGAGUUAUGCCGGCCCUGAAAGAACUCGGCUUCGACACCGUCGGUUUCGGUUGUAUGACGUGUAUCGGGAAUUCCGGGCCUCUACCCGAAGCCAUUGUGAACGCCAUCGAAACGGUAAGCGGAUCGGAAUUCGAAAAAUCCAAGUCAAUUUUGCCCUAAAACAUCAUUAACAAUACUAUCUUUAUUAUUACAGAACGAUCUCGUCUGUUGCGGCGUGUUGUCGGGCAACAGGAAUUUCGAAGGCCGUAUCCAUCCCAACACUCGUGCCAACUAUCUAGCCUCGCCUCUAUUGGUCAUCGCAUACGCUAUUGCCGGACGUAUCGACAUCGAUUUUGAAACGGAACCUAUUGGUAAGUUUUGGUCGGUGUGAAACUAUCAUAAACAGGAUGAGCCGAUGGGGCGGCUUGUCCCCUCCCUAAACUUACCCGAAUAGGCCUAAUGAAUUUAUUAACAGUGGCGGCUUUAGGGAAACCAUGCCCCCUCCAAAUAAAAAAAAAUCUCCAAAUAAAAAAAAAAAAUAGAGAACAGGUAGGUAUUCUAUAUAUAAUAUAAUUUAGUUAAUAUGUAAACUUUUAUUAUUGCAGUAAAUAAUAUUAUAUUAUAUCAGUUUAUUCGAUAUCGUCUAAUACUUUAAUUUAAUAUUCUUGUUACUUAUCUUUAUGUGCUGUACGCCAUUAGGUAUGUUGUUUUCUGAUUGGGAGUCCCAUUUAAGACUCGGGUUUUCUAUUUCUAAUUUUAAUUUAGAUAGAUUCCUUAUCAACUUUAUUAUUCUCUAUACUUCUAUACAGAGUAGGUACUUGCAUGCAAGGUCAUAUUCAUGCGCAGAAAUUUAGUAUGGAUUGUGUCGUGAAGAAAAUAAGGCCGCUUGGUCUUUAUAUGGGCUUUACCAAAUCUAACUUAACCCUCCCCCAUAAAAAGCAUAAAUUUAAUGCAAAAUAUCAAUUUAUAAAAACUCAUAUUGGUUAGUAUUCGUGUUUCACAACAUUUUUAUAUUUUUCAACGAAUUGAUAAUUAUUACGAAAAAUAACUAGAUAAUUAUAAUAAUAAAGUAUAUGUAGUGGCUAGAACUUGCAUUAGAAUAUUAAUACAAAAUUGUUACAUAACUAGACGUAAAAUUAAAUUCUUCAUGAUUAUAUUAAGGUUUAAUAAUAGAAAAUAAACAUAAAGAAAUACUGACGUGAUUCGUACGCAGGUGCAUCUACUUUUGUAAGUGGGAAGUUGGGAUGGUAGGAUACAGAAGAGAAUUUAAUGUAUAAUUGUACGCAAAGAUAAACCAUAUAUGUACCAUAAUACGGUAAAAUAAUUAAAUAGUUAUUAUAUAUUUUCCUUAAUAAUAUUUGUUAAUAUUGUACCGAUUUUUCCGUUUUUUUUCGGUUUUUCACAUUUGUUGAGAAAACUCCUGGGAAAAUCAAAAAUGACCUCUCUAAAGUACUUCUCCAAUCGGAGAUUCUUUAAGAAAAAGUGUUAUUAUUUUAAAUCUGAUCAAAAUUUAUGAUAAAAAAGUUGAAUACAGAAAAAUAAAGGCCAUAAUAUUAUUUUACUAUAAUUCUACAUUUUGUACAUUUUCAAUUUUCCGAAAUUUUAUCCCGGCUUUUCCCAGAUAUUAUGAUAACCGCUUGGAAAAUCAAAAAAUAACCUUCUAAAAGUACCAUCUGGACAAUAUUUCCUUUCAGAAAUGCUGCCCCGCAUACAUAUCAGAGCAAGAUUUUUGUUAGAAUUUUUGUACAGAGUAUAAGUAGAAAUUAAUAUCUUUGUAAAACCAGUACAUUCUCUGCUACACUCAGAAUCUAAAAUAAUAAUAUUUGGGUGAAAAAUACCUUACAACCAUUCUCAGACCUACCAAAUAUACACAAACAAUUUCAUGAAAUCGGUCAAGCCGUUUCGAAAGAGUUUUUCUAACAAACACUGUGACUUGAAAAACUCGGACUGCAUUUUAUGUAUAAGAUUUAUAAACGGGGCUAGCCUAAUUACAAAGACUUGCAAUAAUAAGUGAAAAUAAUAUACUUAAUAACACAUUAAAGAUCGUAGAAAGCACAAAUACAUUAAACAGCUAAACAAUAUAAAUACAGGAUAGCUAGAAAAAUAUAAACAAUAAACAUAAAUUCUAAAAUAAUAAAAAGAUGGGUCUUUAUUGGUACUUUAUUGGCCAAUUUCAUCAGUUUAAAAAGAGGACAGUAACUAGAUGAACAGAAAAAAAUUAAAAAAGGGUAUAUAGAGCAGGAAUUAAAUAAAUAUAAAUAUAAUUGUGUUAUAUUUAUGCUCCCCCCUCAAAAAAUUAAAUCCUAGAGCUACCACUGUUUAUUUAUCUUAAAAUAGUGACUUUAAGUAGAAUCAGAUAUACAUUUAAAUUUGACGGUAAUACAUAAAAACUUAUGUAUAAAUCUAGAAAGUACAGACUAGAAGGGAUUACAAAUCUGUAUUUCUGAUUUAUGCAUUACCAGUUUAAUAAUAAUAGACGACUUGUACUCUAACUUCUUGGUUAUUAUAUAUAUAUUAUAUAUAUGGUAAUUCUUUUAAAUUUUAUUUUUUUCUUUCCAUUUUUUGUAAGAUUUAAAAUGUUUAUGUGUUUAAUAUUUAUGUUUCCUUUUAGGUAAUGAUAAAAAUGGUAAACCAGUAUUUUUGAAGAGUAUUUGGCCUUCAAGGCAACAAAUACAAACUGUUGAAAAGCAAACAGUCAUUCCUGCUAUGUUUCAAAGUGUCUACGCCCGUAUUGAGAAAGGUUCUAAUGCUUGGCAAAAUUUACAAGCACCUGAAGGUCAAUUAUACCCUUGGGAUACUUCGUCAACUUACAUAAAAAAUCCUCCGUUUUUCAGUAGCAUGACAAAAGUAAAAUUAUUGAAUAUUUUUAUUAAGAAUAAAAUACUUUAAAAUAUGUUUUCAUAAACUUAUAGACAUUGCCUGGCAUUCAGUCUGUGAAUGAUGCACAUGUAUUACUAUUUCUCGGAGAUUCUGUAACAACUGACCACAUCAGUCCUGCUGGUAGCAUUGCGAGAAAUAGUGCUGCAGCUCGUUAUUUAGCUUCAAAAAAGUAAUUCCAAUUUUUCAUUAAUUUUAAUAAUUUGAAAAUAAAAAUAUUAUUUUAUAUUUUAGUAUUACUCCAAAGGAUUUCAAUUCUUAUGGUUCAAGACGUGGAAAUGAUGAUAUUAUGGCUAGAGGAACGUUUGCUAAUAUACGAUUAGUUAAUAAGUUAAUUAAGAACACUGGACCUAAAACAUUACACAUUCCAAGUGGACAAGAGGUUAUUUUAAUUAACUAAAUAUAUAUACCUAUUGAAUAGAUUGUUGAAUUAACUAAAGUUGUUUUAUAUCAGUUGGAUGUCUUCGAUGCUGCUCAAGCUUAUGCUAAAGAGGGACGACAGUUAAUUGCUAUUGUUGGCAAAGAUUAUGGAUCAGGUUCUUCAAGAGAUUGGGCAGCUAAAGGGCCAUUUUUACUGGUGAUAUAUUAUUUUUAUUUAAAUAUUUCACAAGUGUUUAUUCAAUAUAACUGUUGAGAAUUAUCUUUUAUUUUUAUUUUCUAUAGGGUAUUAAAGCUGUGAUUGCUGAAUCAUAUGAACGUAUACAUCGUUCAAACUUGGUUGGCAUGGGAAUAAUUCCAUUGCAAUUUAAGUCUGGAGAAAAUGCUAGUACAUUACACCUUACUGGCCAUGAAAUUUACAACAUAAAUAUUCCACAAGACUGCAAACCAUUGCAAAAUAUCGAAGUGACUGUAAAUAAAAUUUGGUUUUAUUUUUUUAUUUUUAGUUUAUAUUCUCCUCAAUUUCUUCAUUAUUAUUUUUCAGACCAAUACUUGUAUUUCAUUCAACACUAUUUUACGCUUUGACACAGAGGUGGAUAUUUUGUACCAUAAACACGGAGGAAUUUUAAACUACAUGAUCAGAAAAAUGUUGGAUUAAAUUGACUAGGUGUAUAAAUAUUAUGUUAACCAUGACUAUUAUUUAAAUCUAAAAUUAUUGUAAUAAUGAGGUACAGGUAUUGCAUUUUUAAACAAAUUUUUCAUUGCCAAACUAUAAAGAUAAAUUAUUAAAUUUGUAUAAAUAAAACAAAUAGUUAAAUUUUUUUACCAUUUCAGAGUGAAUAUUUAGGUAAUGUUUUGGUUUUAUGUACAAAAAUUGUCUGCCAAAUAUAUUUAUAUCAUUAAAAGAAUAGAAAAUAAAACCAUUAGUCUGUGCCAUGUAUAUUACAUUUUUAUCCCUUUAACUUUUAAGAAUGAAUACAAUUUAUAACUUCAUUAAAAAUGUAUGUAAAUUCAUAAAUAGCAAUGGAAUAUAAACACACUUAGCUAAGACAUUUUCAUUUUAUUUAUGAAAAAAAUCCAUAAUAUUUUAAAUCAUUUUUUUUCUUAAUUUACUUGUACCGAACUUAAACAUUAAAUACAUUUCAAAAAGCUUUACUGCUAUUGUAUUUGUAAGUAUUUAAUUUAAUUUUUAAUUCAUAAUUUUAAUAAACAACUUGAGGGAUUAUUUUAUGAAUGCAGCAUUUAAAAUUUUAACUUGUGCCAAGAAAAGUAAAAUGAAAAUAGUGCGUCUAUUUAGUAAAAUGUAUAAUGAUUCCAUUAAUUUCAAUUUGUUCCCCUUACUUUUUAAUAAUUAUAUAAUUUUGAUUGAUAAUAAAUAUUAAUACAUUUCAUUACAAUAUGUUAUUAAAGCCGUGUUAAUAAUUAUUUUAAUUAUUUACAACCCUUAUAAUUUAAACAAUAAUUUAAGUUAGGAUGGUACUACUUAUAUUACCAUUAACUGAAUAGAUGAUGAACUGUAUAACAAAAAAUGAUGUAUGAAACAAAUGUUAGUGAAUAUUUUAUUUUCUUAAGUACUCAGUUAUUCAGUACUGUAGUUAAACCAUAACUGUAAGUUAUACUUAUGACUGCAUGAAAUGUAUGUUAAUUUUUAUCUAUUCUUAUUAUUUUUGAUAAGAAUAAUAAUAAAAGUUAUGUUUUGCAUUUUAAAUUGUGAUUAUAACAACAAGACAAUUUAAAAAAAAAAUAAUUCAAGAAACAGGCAAAAUAAAUUGCUUACAAUAGUAUUGUACAAAACUAAAAUUUUAAUUUAAUAUAAUUUAAUUUUUAAUUCAAAAUUGUAUAAGGAUAUUAAAUAUUAGUAGUUUACAUUGUUUGACAAUAGAUGAUUAUGUUUGGUAUAAAAAUAUAAUUAAAAAAAAGACUAAUACUUCUAGAUAUAUGUAUAUGAAAAUAAAAACAAAAAACUAGACAUUUAAUUACUAUUGAUUAAUUGUUUUGAAAUAUGUAUAAACUACAGAAAUGUUGAUAUAUUAUAUAAUAUUUAAUUUUCAAGUAUAAUUUCAAUAAAAUCAUAAAAUGUUAUCAAUGUUUAUUACAAUAAAUAAAUUAACAGAUAAAAUAUUUA